AUGGCGAAAAAAUGGCGAGAUCCUGAUAAAGUAUGCUGGGAUGAGCCAGACGGCUUUUUUACCAUACUGAACUGCACGCUGCCCAGCAAAAAAUUGAUCCUACAAGUAAACGAAAUCGUCAGGGCCUUGAUGAUCUCUUGUUCGGAGAACAGUACGCUAGUUUGCAAUGAACUGGAAGAAGUGAAGCGCUUCUCUAAAAAAUAUAAAGACACAGGCAGUACGAAAGAGACUUUUAACAGCAUUUCAAUUGACACAUGCAAUAUCUCCAACGAAAGUCUAUCGUGUCUCCUGGGUGUGAUGGGUGUGAAUGGAACAGACCAGGUGAAGCUGCAGAGAGUUACGGGGACUCUGGAGCCUGUUCACCUCGAGGGUUUGGAAGGGGUUACUCAUCUUGAAAUGUAUGAUGUAGAUAAAAGCUUAACAUCUGUACCAUACAACGCGUUAUCUCUCCUAUCGAAUCUCGAGAUUUUCUCCAUGAAGAAAGCAUUCAUAGAACUGACGUCAGAAAGUAAUUACGUUCUGUCAAAACUGACAAUUGUAACGCUAGAUGAAUGUAGAAUCAAAAGUGUACCGAAAGGCGCGUUCAAGGCUACCCCCGAAAUAACACAUUUGAGUCUGAGGAGAAAUACAAUGGAAUCUAUUGAAGUUGAUGCAUUCGAAGGUUUAACAGAAUUAGUGUGGCUCGAUUUAAACGAGAAUCUCUUGACACAUCUACCCGAAGGCGUGUUCAGACACAUACCGAACAUUAUAGAAAUCGACUUGAAAAUGAACAAGUUGCUCAACUUGUCUGACGACUUGUUCACCGGAUUAAACAAGCUUAAAGAGAGAUUGAUCCCUAUGUGUAAUCAAGCGCACAGUAAUAUUUCACAGAGGAAUACCGAAAUACCUUUGUUUUAA